AUUCUGUUUUUAGUAUUUGUUGUUAUAGCGGCAACAGAAAUACAUAAUCUGUAGAAAUUUCAACUGGCUAUUAUCACGGUUCAUGAGAUACAGCCUGGUGACAGACGGACGGACGGACGGACGGACGGACAGCGGAGUCUCAGUAAUAGGGUCCCGUUUGACCCUUUGGGUACGGAACCCUAAAAAAAGAAAUAAAUAUAAAAUUUUAACUAAAGUUGCAACAAUGCUAUUAUUUACUUAUCCAUUAUCAGAACAGUUGUAAGUUGGCGGUAAUCAGUAUGUAUUUUAACUCUGACGGAGCGGGUGCUCUCUAAUGACGGUACUUUAACAUAAUACUAAGAAAUAGUUGUAAUUAUAGACAGAAAUGCGUGUUUAUGUGAUUUUGUGCGUAUUGCUAAUUAGUUUAUGUGAUGGCGGUGAUGUAUUUCAUGACGGUAGUAAAAUUACUUUUCAUUCCAAUAAUCAAGAAGAUUUCUUCGGCUAUAGUGUCGUUUUUGGAGAAAAUAGUAAUUUAUUAGUAGGUGCUCCGAAGGCAAUCAGACCAGGAUCGAGGCACAUGGCGACUGGUGCGGUGUUCAACUGUUCGCUUUCUGACCUGCAUAUGAAGAAUAUCACCUGCUCACCGUUGAAUCUGGGAAAUGAAGUUUCAGCUCGUCUCAGCAGUACCAGAGAUUUCUACCGCGAUGACAUGUGGUUUGGUGCCAGCAUCGCAGUGGUGCCAACGGGAAAACUGUUGAUCUGUGCACCACGCUGGGCCAGGCCGUAUGGGGACCGGCAUCUUCUGGCGAACGGGGCGUGCUACCUGCACACGAAGAGACGCAAUAUCCCGCUAUACCCUCUCGGUGACAUGAAAAACCAAGCUUUCAUGACGGGUGGAUCGCGUAAGGAGUACGGACAGUACGGCACGCACCUCAACUAUUACGCGUACGCGCAAGCUGGCAUGGCGGUCAAGGUCACGGGCAACGGCAGCAUCAUCAUAGGAGCACCAGGGCUGCUGCAGUGGACAGGAGGAAUUGUUGACUAUAUGUACAGUCCCGACGUUAACAGUGUAUACUUGAGCAAGAAACCGACCACCAAUCCAUUCUACACCCCUGAUGUUGGUCCCGAUGAUUAUUUAGGGUACAGCGUGGAAUCCGGUAUUUUUGAGGAUGGCGGUAGAAUCCUCUACGUAGCUGGCGCGCCCCGUGCAAAAUUUGGCUUCGGUCAGGUUCUAGUGUUCGAACCUGCAAGCCGGGAAGCAGAUCCUCUCAGAAUCUUAGCAAAAAUAGAAGGUCCACAACUCGGCGCCUACUUUGGAGCAAGUCUCAACUGUCUUGACAUCAAUGCUGAUGGCAGAACAGACAUCUUGGUGGGAGCCCCUAAUUUCAUCGGCAAGGGAGAAGACGUAUACGACCAAGGAGCUGUGUACGUUUAUUUAAAUAAGGAAGAGGCUACCGGUUUUAUUCUUGACUACGCAGGUCAUGUGACCGGCUCAUGCACUAACGGCGCGAGGUUCGGGAACGCCAUCGCCGAUCUUGGUGACAUCGACGGCGAUGGAUACAGAGAUAUUGCAAUUAGUGCUCCUUGGGAAAACAAUGGUUCGGGCGCUGUCUACAUUUACCGAGGCGACAAACGCGGGGUGAAAAGCCAGUAUGUACAAAGGAUUGAAGCAAGUGAAGCCAGGAACUUCGGCAUAGCUAUUGCGAAAGGACUUGACGUUGACGGAAACCAAUGUAAUGAUUUAGCCAUUGGAGCGCACGCAACCGGCACAGCAUAUAUGUACAGAUGUAUCCCGACCCUGACGGUGCAUGCCACCAUCAAGAUUGAUCAGGCACUGGACUUGCCGCAGAAUGCGACUAAUUUCACUGCUGAGUUCUGUAUCUACGUAGCACCACAACACAAUUGGUCUCAUUCUUAUAUAGAUCUUAAAGCUAUAAUAACGGUAGAUCCUGAGGCCAACAGAGCAAUGAUUGAUGGCGACUCUGAAUACUCAUAUAAAGCCAGACCUGGUAUUAGCAAAUGCGAGGAGCAGGUUGUUAACGUUAAGCCCACGGCAGAUUUAUCAAGACCGAUAUCAAUUAAAUUCGACGUGGAACCUAUUGAAGUUAUGCUAAAAAACUCUACAACGUUUUCCACUGAGGCCGUAAGAUUAUCGGAUGACUCGACACUGCACUCUGAGUUUGACAUUCAACUUACGCGGGACUGCGGCGAAGAUCUAAUCUGCAAGCCCUGGCUGGAUGUAACCUUGGAGACGAUGUCUGAUCCUUACGUUCCAGGAGCAGAUAACAAACUGAGCGCCAUCAUCACAGUGCUGAACAAGGAGGAACCAGCCUAUGGUGUUCGAGUUCAUUUGAUCUUACCAACUCAACCCAAAAGAGUGCCAAAAAAUUGUAAUUUGCAAGGAUUGAACAUGAGUUGUGAUGUAAUUUCACCGCUUUACCGCAAUCAGUCAGAAUCGUUUGAAGUGGAGCUGGAGUACACGCUAACCAAUUUCGAGGAGGAUAUGCUGGUCAUAUACGCCAGUAUCGAAGACCCACUCAACAGAACCAUCAGUGACGAUCCGACACAGGAAUUGGAGUUGAAUAUUUUUCCUGAAGCUAAUAUUAGUGUUAGUGGAAAAGCGCUUCCCAAUGCGUCGGUGCCCGUGUCCAGAGAGAAGCUCAAUAAAGGAAGCAUAAUUCCCUUUGUGCACUACUUUGAGGUGACAAAUACUGGCCCAUCCGACUGGCCUCUUUUGGAUGCGAGUAUAAUUCUACCUGAAAAGGUAUCAUUAUCGAAACCGAAGGAAGGUUGCGUGGAGGAUGUGAACGGCAUCGGCAAUGCGACGGUACUUGAGUGUACUUGGUCGAUCAGCGCAAAAGUUUCCCUACCGGUGGUGCUGCCGUUGCGGUACGACUUGAAAACAAAUGGUAAAUUGCUAGAAGAGGCUUCCGAGCGCAACAUUACCACAAUCUUACACCUCUACGAGCAGAAUAAGACUAUCUCUAUUACUACCAGACUAGUGUUGAGUCCUGUUCCGCCCAUUUGGCCCCUAAUAGUUGGAAUAGUCACUGGAUUCCUACUGCUGGCUGCUAUUGCCUAUGGAUUAUAUAAAUACGGCUUCUUCUCAAGAAAACGUAUCCCGGAUUUCAAGAAACUAGAGGACCAAGUAGCUCAAGGGGACCCUGGUAGUUCCAACAGCCCGCCCUCAACGCCCCCGGAAUCCAUGCUUCCCAAUGACUCCACGCAAGAGUUGCUGUUCGAGUCCGACUCGGAUUGACCCUUUAGUGCUCGUCUUCGGGUAUAUUGUGGAAGAAGAAAACAAAUUAAUAUACUCAUUGUAAUUCAACUAUCAAGCUACGGGCCAAUUGUUUACGAAUAAAUUCUAAUUAAGGUGCAGUGAGUUCGAGUGCGUUAUUGAAUUUUUACAAAAAAAAAGUAAUCGAUGAGUUCGCUCAAAAAUAACAUGAAUUACGCAUUUUUAGAAGCAAUUUUCAUGUUAAUAGCGAUUGAAAGGUGUAUGAAGUUACUAGAGAAAUGCCUCAAGAUUGCUAUUCAUAUUUUUUGGCAACCGUAUUAUGAUCUAAGAAUGCGCUACUAGGAUUUUUCAAACACUGUUGGCUAAACUCACUGCACGUUAAAGAUAAAAACGUAGAUAGUGAAACUUUUCACUGCUCCGUACAAUUUGGUUGAUGCACCCGGCCCUAAUUGCAGAGUUUCUAAAAAGGUGGAACAGUACUUGGAUUGCUGUAAAAUUGUGCAUCUUUAGAAACGUUCCAACGUUAUAUAAGUAAGUAAUUGUAUGCAGUUUGAAAGGCAAUAUUACUCAUUGCGCGGAUCUAUUCAAAUGUAAGACUGAGAAAUGAAAGAGUGAAAUAUGUAUAAACUAUGUUCACAUGAAUUUUAUAUUUUAACUAUGUUUAUGGAAAUCUCUUAAAAAGUAUUUAAAAUUGAGGAUUUUAUAUUAAGUAUAUCUGUGAUUAAACUGAUUAAUAUAAAGCAGUGUUUAUUUAUAGGUAUAAGCAAGAUUUUAUUUUAAUAAUAAAAGUUACAAACACUACUAAGUUUUUAACAAUUUAGGCAUAUUUUACUUAUUAACCCACCAUAAAACAAGAACCAAUUAUGAUAUAUUUUUUAAAUUAGUAUAAUCAAAAAAAAUAAUGUAGGUAAUCAGAACGGUGAAGUCUUACUCGUUGUAUGUGUAGUAAUAAUAUGAUCGCCAACGAAAGCCAAGGAAAUGUGAACGUUUUUAGUAUUCAUAUUACUGAACCUGUAUAUAAGAAAGAAAAUACAUAAUGUAUUAAAUGCAAGUAAUCCGUAAAAGAUAAACGUACCCAUUAUUGAAUCAAAAUAAUAUUAAGGAAAUUCAAUGAAUAUAUACUUGAUGCCUAUGUUAUUUACAACCUACAGAUGCUAAAUUCGACCCUUUCUUCUGUCAAAAGAUAAUUUCGGGCACAGUUGAAGGGGCCGUAUUCGACUAUUUCCGCUUCGCCGGAUCUCUUUGUAUGCAAUCAAACGAGAAAGUCGUUCAAUAUUUCUCUUUUCCGACGGAUUCCUUUAUUUUCGCUACCAGUCUUCAUGCCGAUGUGUUUGUUUUUUAGAAAGGUUUAGUUGUUUAUGUUUUCGAACCCUUUUAUAUCAUAUAAAGACGUGGAAUGUAAUUACGGUGCUCAGUGUUCUUUACGAAUGUGAUCCUAAAACAUGUAGGUAUUUGAUUUAAUAACGAUAGGUAUCAUUUCUAGGUCAAUCUGUGGAUUUUAAUACAUAAAUAAAAAAAUAAAGUAUUUUUUUUACA